AUGCCGACCCUCUGGUUCUCCGUCGGCCCCUCUGGCGUGGCGUAUUUCCACGAUCUCUUGAUCUGCCUCGCCAAGUUCGACGAGGAUGUCUCCCUCGAGGCUACGUCUCAGUUUCUUCGCAUUUCAAGCCUGAACAUAUCAAAGACUGCCCAUGCUGCCUUCACUCUCAGCCCAUCCUUCUUCAACAAAUAUCAUUUCUCUCCUGGACCGAGAAAUGCAUCUGACCCUCCUUUGCCCAAGAUCUGGACGUGCAAACUCCAGAAUCGAGCACUCCUCUCCAUAUUCAAGCGUCGAUUGGCAGACUCAAGGGACAAAGAUACCGCCCUUGACACGUGCGAAUGCGAACUCCAAGCAAAUUCAGACCAAACGGAAUGCCGACUCGUCUUCCGACUCAAUUGUCGACAGGGCGUCGUCAAGACAUAUCGACUGUUCUAUGAAUCCGGAGAAAUCCUCCACGCGGCGUUCGACAAGGUCGGAUCGAUCAAUCACUGGACUGUGUCAUCUCGGACCCUACGGGAUGUCGUUGAGUACUUCGGCCCAAAGACAGAUCAGUUGGACUGGUACUUCCAGAAUGGAAAAGUCACAUUCACGAGCUACACGGAAAAGAUUCAAAGCGGGAGAGAAAUCCUCAAACAACCCAUGCAUACCUCCGUCGCUCUGGAACGGAAAGACUUUGAUGACUUCAGUGUCCAGGAACGCCUUCAUAUCGGGACUAUGGUCAAGGAUUUCCGGGCCAUUGUGGCCCAUGCGGAAGCGAUGCGGGUCCCGGUUACAGCAAGAUACUCACGAGGCAAUCGACCAAUGCAAAUCAGCUAUGAAGACAAUGGACUUCUGGCGGAAUUCACACUCAUGACCAGAGGCACGACGAAUGUCCUCAAUACGUCCACGGCGAGCACACCGGCACGAGAUCUCUCCAUGCGGCCCGGAGCCCGCCCACCCGAGAGCCGGGCUUCCACAGCAGAACCCACUUCGGCGAAUACUCGGCCGACGCCAGCUCCUGAUACAAGGAUGCCGCCUCCUGUGCUCACCUCGUUCCGCGACCGGGAAGGCGGACCGCCAACACUCGCGAAAUCGAACUCGGGAGACUCCACAGCCGCCCCAUCAGCUAGCAUCAAUCCGAACAGUCUCUUCAUCCCGGCAGACGAUGACGAUCAACAAUGGGACGAGCCCAAUUUCGAGGAAGAGCCGGACAUUGUGACGUGGGACAACACGGCUGAUCAAGAAUCCGUAUCGAGCUCGACACGACGAAUUCGCGAUUCUGAGCUCCAUUCCUUCGCUGCAUCAAUGCAGGAACAGAAUCGUCGGGCCAACACAAACAGUGCAGGAUCCAAGUUUCCGCACGAGAUCGCCCCGACCCAACGUCUCUCGCAAGUCCGCGGGAUCUUUGACUAA